GGGCAGCGCCCGCCGCGCUCCGCGCAGCCUGCGCCGCUCAGCGCCGCCGCGGAACCGAGCGGAGCGGAGCGGGGCGGCAGGAACGGGACGGGACAGGGCGGCUCCGCCGUGUCGCGCAGCCACGCGGGACCGCGCCGCCCGUGGGCCGGCCCCGCCGCCGGGGGGGAGACUUCGGCAUUUAAUUUACUUUUUUUCAUCUUUUUUCUUUUUUUUUUUUUUUUUUUUUGGCGGAGGAGACGAGCAGCAGGUUUAUGCUAAUCACCCUCUCGGGAGCGGCGGUGGGAGGAGGAGGAGGAGGAGAGGAGCCAUUUUGAACUCACUUCAAAGUUUAAGGUGGAAAAGUUGGAGCUCUCCAGCCCGCUGCCCGGGGACGGGGCCGGGGCGCGGGGCUCUGGGCCGGCGGCGCCCGGGCGGCGACGGCGGCGGGGCGGGGGGGGGGGGGCCGAGCCGGCGGCUGAUGGAUGAGGGCGGGCGGGCAGCCCGGCGGGUGGAUGGAUUGUGCGGCAGCCCUCUGCCCGGCAUCGCUGCCCGCUGAGCUCCGGAGAUGCUGCGGCUGUCCGCCGCCGCCUGCGUGUCCUGGGCCGCGCUGCUCUGCGCCCUGGCGCCGGCGGGCGGCGGGGAGCUGCGGCCGCCCCGCGCCGCCCCGCUCCUCCACCUGCCCCCGGGGGCCGCGGGGCGCCGCGCCGCCGCCGCCGAGCCGCCGGCGCUGCCGCCCGCCGGGCGCCUGAGGGCGGCGGGGGCCGCGCUGCGCCGCGCUCCGCCCGCCGAGCCCCGCGGGCCCCGCGGCGGCGGGCCCUGCCCGCGGCGCGCCCGGCAGCGGGCGGCCGCCGAGCCCCGCGGAGCCGCCGCCGGCUGCGCCCCGCCGCCGCCGCCGGGGGAGGAGGGCGGCGGGCGGCGAGGAGCGCGGCGGGCGCGGAGCCUCAACAGCCCCCCGCAGUUCCAGCUGCCCAGCUACCAGGUCUCCAUCCCCGAGAACGAGCCGGCCGGCACGGCGGUCAUCGUGCUGCGGGCCCAGGACCCCGACGAGGGGGAAGCCGGCCGGCUGGCGUACUCCAUGGAGGCGCUCUUCGACGAGCGCUCCAACGACUACUUCUCCAUCGACGCCGAGACGGGCAGCGUGGUCACCGCCCGCAGCCUGGACCGGGAGACGAAGGACACCCACGUGCUGAAGGUGACCGCCUCCGACCACGGCUCCCCGCGCCGCCGCUCGGCCACCACCUACCUGACGGUGACGGUGAGCGACGCCAACGACCACGACCCGGCCUUUGAGCAGCCUGAGUACCGGGAGAGCGUGCGGGAAAACCUGGAGGUGGGCUACGAGGUGCUGACGAUCCGCGCCACCGACGGCGACGCCCCGGCCAACGCCAACAUGCUUUACCGCCUGCUGGAGCCGGGAGCCGGUGACGGGGUCUUUGAGAUUGACCCGCGCUCCGGGGUUGUGAGGACCCGAGCCCCGGUGGACCGCGAGGAGGUCUCCGAGUAUCACCUGGUGGUGGAAGCCAAUGACCAGGGCAAGGAUCCAGGACCACGCAGCGCCAUGGCUAUGGUGCACAUCACUGUAGAGGACGAGAACGACAACUACCCUCAGUUCAGUGAGAAGCGCUACCUGGUCCAGGUGCCAGAGGAUGCCCCGGUGAACAGCCAGAUACUGCAGGUGCAGGCCACAGAUCGGGACCGGGGCAGCAAUGCCCAGGUGCACUACAGCAUCGUGAGCGGCAACCUGAAAGGCCAGUUCUACAUCCACUCUUUCUCCGGUGCCAUCGACCUGAUCAACCCUCUGGAUUAUGAGACUAUUCGGGAGUACACGCUCCGGAUCAAAGCCCAGGAUGGGGGCAGGCCUCCCUUGAUCAACUCCAGUGGCAUGGUGUCGGUGCAGGUUGUGGACGUGAAUGACAAUGCCCCCAUCUUCGUGAGCACUCCCUUCCAGGCCACUGUGCUGGAGAACGUUCCUCUGGGCUACUCGGUGCUGCAUGUCCAGGCCGUGGAUGCUGACUCCGGGGAGAACGCCCGCCUGGAGUACAAACUCAUAGAGUUGGCACCGUCCACUGGAGGUGCCCCCGUAGCGGGUGACUCUGGGUUCCCUUUUCAGAUCAACAACAGCACAGGGUGGAUCACGGUGGCUGCAGAGCUGGACCGAGAGACUGUGGAGAACUAUCACUUUGGGGUGGAGGCCAGGGACCACGGCGUGCCGGUCAUGACCUCCUCAGCCAGUGUGUCCAUCACUGUCCUGGACGUCAACGACAACAACCCCACCUUCACGGAGAAGGUGUAUCACCUCAGACUGAACGAGGACGCGGCUGUGGGCAGCAGUGUCCUGACCCUGACAGCAGUGGACAGGGACGUUAACAGCGUUGUGACUUACCAGAUCACAAGUGGCAACACCAGGAACCGUUUUGCCAUCACCAGUCAGAGCGGAGGGGGGCUGAUCACGCUGGCCUUGCCCCUGGAUUACAAGCAGGAGAGGCAAUAUGUGCUCACAGUCACUGCCUCUGAUGGCACUCGCUUUGACACCGUCCAGGUCUUCAUCAACGUCACUGACGCCAACACCCACCGACCCGUCUUCCAGAGCUCCCACUACACGGUGAGCGUCAGCGAGGACAAGCCCAUCGGCACCUCUAUUGUCGCCAUCAGCGCCACCGAUGAAGACACAGGGGAGAAUGCGAGAAUCACGUACAUCCUGGACGAUAACAUCCCCCAGUUCCGCAUCGCCGCUGAGACGGGGGCCGUCACCACCCAGAUGGAGCUGGACUACGAGGACCAGGCCUCGUACACAUUGGCCAUUACAGCCCACGACAACGGCAUCCCCCAGAAAUCGGACACGACCUACGUCGAGAUCCUCAUCCUGGAUGCCAAUGACAAUGCGCCCCGCUUCCUGCGUGACCGCUACCAGGGCUCAGUUUUCGAGGAUGUGCCGCUCUCCACCAGUGUCCUGCAGCUGUCUGCCACUGACCGUGACUCAGGGCUCAAUGGCAGGGUCUUCUACACCUUCCAAGGGGGUGAUGAUGGGGAUGGCGACUUCUACAUCGAACCCACUUCUGGAGUGAUACGCACGCUGCGCAAGCUGGACCGCGAGAACGUGGCUGUCUACAGCCUGCGGGCCUUUGCGGUGGACAGGGGCAGCCCGCCGCUGAAAGCCUCUGUGGAUAUCCAAGUGACGGUGCUGGACGUCAAUGACAACCCGCCCGUCUUCGAGCGGGACGAGUUCGACAUCUUUGUGGAGGAGAACAGCCCCGUGGGCUCUAUUGUGGCACGGAUCAGUGCAGCUGACCCCGAUGAGGGGACCAAUGCACAGAUCAUGUACCAGAUCGUAGAGGGGAACAUCCCCGAGGUCUUCCAACUAGACUUGCUCAACGGAGACCUCACGGCCCUAAUGGACCUGGAUUAUGAGAGCCGGACAGAGUAUGUGAUCGUGGUGCAGGCCACUUCAGCCCCUCUUGUGAGCCGGGCAACAGUGCACAUCCGCCUCCUGGACCAGAAUGAUAACCCGCCUGUGCUGCAGGAUUUCCAGAUCCUCUUCAAUAACUACGUGACCAACAAGUCCAACAGCUUCCCCUCUGGCGUGAUUGGCAAGAUUCCGGCUCAUGAUCCCGAUGUGUCUGACAGCCUGGCCUACACCUUUGUGCAAGGCAAUGAAUUAAACUUGCUCCUUUUGGACUCUGCCACUGGGGAACUCAAACUCAGUCGCGAUCUGGACAACAACAGACCCCUGGAAGCCCUUAUGAAAGUGUCGGUCUCAGAUGGUGUCCACAGCGUCACGGCAGUCUGCACCCUGCGUGUCACCAUCAUCACGGAUGACAUGCUCACGAACAGCAUCACGGUGCGGCUGGAGAACAUGUCCCAGGAGAGGUUCCUUUCUCCCCUCCUGUCCCUGUUUGUGGAGGGGGUGGCAACAGUGCUCUCCACCGCCAAGGACAGCAUCUUCGUUUUCAACAUCCAAAAUGACACGGACGUCAGCUCCAAUAUCCUGAACGUGACCUUCUCAGCUUUGCUCCCUGGUGGCAUUCGAAACAAGUUCUUCCCCUCUGAGGACCUGCAGGAGCAGAUCUACCUCAACAGGACCCUGCUGACCAUGAUUUCCACGCAGAGGGUGCUGCCGUUUGACGACAACAUCUGCUUGCGCGAGCCCUGUGAGAACUACAUGAAGUGCGUCUCCGUCCUGAAGUUCGACAGCUCGGCCCCGUUCAUCAGCUCCAACACCGUCCUGUUCCGCCCCAUCCACCCCAUCAACGGGCUGCGCUGCCGCUGCCCGCCCGGCUUCACCGGCGACUACUGCGAGACGGAGAUCGACCUCUGUUACUCCAGCCCGUGCGGCAGCAACGGGCGGUGCCGGAGCCGAGAAGGGGGCUACACUUGUGAAUGCUACGAGGACUACACCGGAGAGUAUUGCGAGGUGAACGCGCGCUCUGGCCGCUGUGCUCCAGGGGUGUGUAAGAACGGAGGAACCUGCGUGAACCUGCUGAUCGGUGGCUUCAAGUGUGAGUGCCCCCCGGGCGAAUACGAGCGGCCGUACUGCGAGAUGACCACCAGGAGCUUCCCACCACAGUCCUUCAUCACCUUCAAGGGGCUGCGACAGCGCUUCCACUUCACCGUCUCCCUCAUGUUUGCAACCAGGGAGAGGAACGCUCUCCUCCUCUACAACGGGCGUUUUAAUGAGAAGCACGACUUCAUUGCCUUGGAGAUCAUUGAGGAGCAGAUCCAGCUCACAUUCUCUGCAGGGGAGACAACCACUACGGUGGCACCGUUCGUUCCGGGAGGGGUCAGCGAUGGGCAGUGGCACUCAGUCCAGGUGCAGUACUACAAUAAGCCCAACAUUGGGCGAUUAGGAAUUCCCCACGGGCCUUCUGGAGAGAAGGUGGCCGUGGUGACUGUAGACGACUGUGACACAGCAGUGGCUGUGCGCUUUGGGAGCCUCAUUGGAAACUACACCUGCGCUGCCCAGGGGACUCAGACCGGCUCAAAGAAAUCUUUGGACCUAACUGGCCCUUUGCUCCUUGGCGGUGUCCCAAACUUGCCUGAAGAUUUCCCGGUGCACAACAGGCAGUUUAUCGGCUGCAUGAGGAACCUCUCCAUCGACAGCAAGCCGAUCGACAUGGCUAGUUUCAUCGCCAACAAUGGCACUCUGCCAGGCUGUGCAGCGCAGAGGAACUACUGUGAAACCAACUGGUGCCAGAAUGGAGGCACAUGCAUCAACAAGUGGAACACAUACAUCUGCGAGUGCCCUGUACGCUACGGAGGGAAAAACUGCGAGCAAGCAAUGCCUUCUCCUCAGCGUUUCAGUGGUGAAAGCAUUAUCAUUUGGAGUGACCUUGACAUUACCAUCUCCGUGCCAUGGUACAUCGGGCUGAUGUUCAGAACCCGGAAAGUCAAUGGCAUGUUAAUGCAAGCCAAUGCAGGGGCUGCAUCCAAGAUCAACAUUCAGAUACUCAACAACUAUGUGCAGUUUGAAGUGUACAGUGGCCUGAGCCAGGUUGCUAGUUUGAAGAUGAGCCAGUUGCGAGUCAGUGAUGGGGAAUGGCAUCAUUUAUUAAUAGAGCUGAAGAGUGCUAAAGAUGGUAAAGACAUCAAGUACCUCGCUGUCAUGUCCUUGGACUAUGGGAUGUACCAGAGCACUGUGCAGAUUGGAAAUCAACUACCUGGACUGAAAAUGAAAAGCAUCAUUGUGGGAGGUGUCUCUGGAGACCAAGUCUCUGUUCAGCAGGGAUUUUAUGGCUGUAUGCAGGGAGUAAGAAUGGGAGAGACAUCUACAAAUAUAGCUACACUCAACAUGAAACAGGCUAUCAAGAUCAAUGUGAAGGAGGGUUGCGAAGUGGAUAACCCCUGUGAUUCCAAUCCGUGUCCGCAGCACAGCUACUGCAGUGACGACUGGGACAGCUACUCCUGCGUCUGUGACCCAGGGUACUUUGGAAGAGACUGUGUUGAUGUAUGUAACUUGAACCCAUGUGAGCAUGUCUCCACGUGCGUGCACAAACCUAGCUCAUCCCAUGGCUACACCUGUGAAUGUGGACAAAGCUACUAUGGACAGUACUGUGAGAGCAAGAUCGACCUGCCUUGUCCCAGAGGCUGGUGGGGAAAUCCCAUCUGCGGCCCAUGUAAUUGUGAGACUAGUAAAGGGUUUGAUUCUGACUGCAAUAAGACCAAUGGAGAAUGCCACUGCAAGGCGAAUUACUACAGGCCCCAGAGCAGUGACACCUGCUACCCCUGCGACUGCUUCCCAUCCGGCUCCCACACACGCGCCUGUGACAUGGAGACGGGACAGUGUCCUUGCAAACCUGGCGUCAUAGGGCGGCAGUGCAACCGCUGCGAUAACCCGUUUGCUGAAGUUACCGUGAAGGGCUGCGAAGUAAUUUAUAAUGGCUGUCCCAAAGCUUUCGAGGCUGGUAUUUGGUGGCCACAGACCAAGUUUGGCCAGCCAGCUGCUGUGCCAUGUCCUAAGGGAUCAGUGGGAAAUGCGGUUCGCCAUUGUAACAUUGAGAAGGGCUGGCUGCCCCCUGAGCUUUUCAACUGCACCACUAGCACUUUUGUUGAUCUAAAAAUCAUGAAUGAGAAGUUACACCACAAUGAGACCAAGCUGGAUGGAGACAAGACCAUACGGAUCGUGAGAGUGCUGCAGAAUGCCACCAAACACACACACAGUUUAUAUGGCAACGAUGUGAGGACAGCUUACCAGAUGAUGAUCCGGGUCCUCCAGUAUGAGAGCCAGCAGCAAGGGUUUGACUUGGCAGCCACGAGGGAUGUGGAAUUCAAUGAAAAUAUUAUCAAAGUGGGUAGUGCUCUACUGGACCCCAGCAAUAAGGAGCACUGGGAGCAAAUUCAGCGAACGGAGGGUGGCACUGCUCAUCUGCUCAGGCACUAUGAGGAGUAUUUCAACAAUGUGGCCCAGAACAUGAAGAAAACCUACAUGAGACCUUUUGUUAUUGUUGCCACUAACAUGAUUAUUGCUGUUGACAUCUUUGACAAGUCUAAUUUCACGGGAGCUAGAAUACCACGAUUUCAUGAGAUUAAAGAAGAUUAUCCAAAAGAUCUGGAGUCAUCUGUUGUCUUCCCUGAUACUUUGUUCAGACCUUCAGACAGGAAAGCAGUGCCUACAAUGAAGCCUUCAAAUCAAAAAUUAUCCUCUAAAGUGAACAGUGAUGCACUAAGCCCUGAGAGUGCUUUUGCAAAGAGAAGGAAGCGACACCCAGAUGACUCAACACAUCAUACCGUUGCCAUGGUCAUUAUAUACCGAUCCCUGGGACACCUCCUGCCAGAAAACUAUGAUCCUGACCGAAGGAGCUUGAGACUGCCAAAUCGCCCUAUUAUUAACACACCUGUAGUGAGCACAGCCAUUCACAGUGACGGGGAGCUUCCUCCCAACUUGGUGGAAAAGCCCAUCAUAGUGGAGUACGCCAUGCUGGAAACAGAGGAGAGAACGAAGCCCGUCUGUGUCUUCUGGAAUCAUUCCAUCACGAUUGGUGGGACAGGUGCCUGGUCCUCCAGAGGAUGUGAGCUGUUUUCCAGAAACCAGAGCCAUAUUGCUUGCCAGUGCAACCAUAUAACCAGCUUUGCCGUCCUGAUGGACAUUUCGAAACGAGAGAAUGGGGAGGUGCUUCCUCUGAAGAUCGUCACUUACACAACCGUAUCCAUCUCGCUGGUGGCUUUGCUGAUCACCUUCGUACUGCUGGUCCUGAUCCGCACACUACGUUCCAAUUUGCACAGUAUCCACAAAAACCUGGUGGCUGCCCUUUUCUUCUCUGAGCUUGUCUUUCUUAUUGGAAUCAACCAGACUGAAAACCCGUUUGUGUGUACCGUGAUUGCCAUCCUCCUGCAUUAUUUCUACAUGAGCACCUUUGCAUGGAUGUUCGUGGAGCAGCUCCACAUCUACCGGAUGCUGACUGAAGUGAGGAACAUCAACUUCGGGCACAUGCGGUUCUACUACGUUGUUGGCUGGGGCAUUCCUGCCAUCAUAACAGGGCUUGCUGUUGGUCUGGAUCCACAAGGCUAUGGGAACCCUGAUUUCUGCUGGUUGUCUGUUCAUGACACCCUUAUCUGGAGUUUUGCUGGGCCCAUCGUAAUUGUUGUAGUUGUAAACACUGUCAUCUUUAUACUAGCAAUGAAAGCAUCGUGCAGACGAAGGCAACGUUCAUUUGAAAAAACUGGAGUCAUCUCUGUGCUGCGAACAGCAUUCCUGCUCUUGCUGCUCAUCAGUGCCACAUGGCUGCUGGGGCUGAUGGCAGUGAACAGCGACGUCAUGACGUUUCACUAUCUCUUUGCCAUUUUCAGCUGCCUGCAGGGGCUGUUCAUUUUCUUCUUCCACUGUGUAUUUAACAAAGAGGUCAGGAAGCACUUGAAGAACACUUUAACUGGGAAGAAACCUCUUCCAGACGAUUCCACUGCAACAAGAGCUACAUUAUUAACUCGAUCUCUGAACUGUAACAACACAUAUAUAGAAGAGCCAAAUAUGUAUCGCACAACUAUUGGGGAAUCCACUGUCUCCCUAGAAAGCACCGUCAGGUCAGCCAAGAGCCACAAUAGCUACCUUGCUUAUAUUCUCAGGGAUGAGGCUGCUCAUAAGCUCAGUGGAUCCUCAAGUCAAGCAAGGGCUGGUCAGACUGAAGCAGAUUCCUCCAUUUUUCAUAGGAAUCCAUCAAAAUCCAAUGAACACGAUUCAGACUCUGACAGUGAACUGUCCCUUGAUGAACACAGCAGCUCUUAUGCCUCCUCCCAUUCAUCGGACAGUGAGGAAGAUGGGCUCGAGACGGAGAAAAAGUGGAACACAUCUACUUCCAAAAAUAAUGAACGUGGCCCAAUCCACAGCACACCCAAAGUUGAUACCCUUCCCAAUCAUGUGAAACCCUAUUGGCCCACAGAGUGCGUAACGGCCAGCGACAGUGAGGACCCCAGCGGGAAACAGAAACUCAAAGUCGAGACCAAGGUCAACGUAGAGCUUCACAGGGAAAACCAGGUGAACCACAGCAACGAAGCACCGCAGGACAAGGAGAACGAAGGGCAGCAGAAGGAGAACAGACCUCUGUCCCACCAGAAUAACCAGCAGCCGGAGCAGAGGAAAGGCAUCUUAAAAAAUAAAGUCACCUACCCUCCCCCGCUGGUGGAUAAGAAUAUGAAGAAUCGACUGCGGGAAAAGCUAUCGGAUUACAAUCAGACCACGAUCUCAUCCAGGAGUACUUCGCUGGGGACAAAUGAUGGGGUCCGCUCUCCCUCGGACUCGGGGGUGACAGUAAAAAAUGCUCGGAGGGAGCAGUCUCGAGACCAGCUCAACGGCAUGGCCAUGAAUGUCCAGGUGGGAACAGGACAUGCUGACACCUCAGACUCAGAAGGCAGUAACGAAACUUCAAUUUGAACCAUCAGGAAACUGUGAUCGCUGCUGCGUGGUUCUGGACUCCUCGCCGCGGGGUCGCCUCGGACUUCGUCAGAGUGGCCGCAUAGCGAGGAGGACAAGGUGGGCAUUGAUUCCCACAUGGUUUCACGUUAUGGCAGACUACUGACCGCUCGCGGCGGAGACACAGUGCCCGGAUGCACCUGCUGUAAGGCUGCUGUGUGGUACUCUCCGCGCGGCAUGAACCCAUGCCAAAACGCAUGGAAAUGGCCACAGGGAUGCACUGUGAGGGCCAGGUACCUGCUCGCAGUGCGGACAGUGCUACAGGGGUUGUUUAUUACUGGGGAGAAUCAAGGAAAAACACAUUAUUAUCGCAGUGGACGUACAGUAAGUCAGUCCAUCGGCCUUAAGACAAGCACCAGGAGACGUCUCUUGUGGAGUUUUGUCCGGCUACAGUGUGAACCCUUCGGCUUGCUGGGCUCUAGGGAGGAAUAUCCCAACAAGUGUCCUUUCGUUUCUAUGCCAGCAUCUCUGUCCGCCCCUCUAUGGACACGUCGUCUUAAGAAAAAAAAAAUCCUUUAUAUAUAUAUAUAAAAAGUGUAGAUACUUUUAUAUAUUUUGUAUGGUGUUGCUAAAGAAAAAUUUCCUUUGUAUAUUUUACAUUUAUACUGAUCUUCUUAAUUUGAUAAUAGGAAAUCAAUUAAAAGAGGUUUUGAUAUUUUUUAUAUGAACAUUGCACAAUUUUACUUGAAUUUGGCAUUUGAUAGAGUAACUGAGGUUUGCAUGGAAGCCACCUUAAGAUGCAAUGCAGUUUUCAAAGUAAAACAGUAAAGAUUACAUCAAAAUCUAUGAUUAAUUUAUAAGUUUUAUUGACAGAUUUUGGAACACUUUAAGGACAGAGUAUGUUUUUUUCGUAACCUCUUCUAAAACCCACAAAAAAUGUUUUGAUUUUUCAUUUCUUGGUGUUUUGACGUCUUCUCCCAAGUGCAUUGAAAUGUUCAGCAACUGAACUUCAGGACUAAAAAUAAGUCUUAUCUUUAUCUAAGAUUUCAACACAGUCCUUGCCUGGAAGAAGUCAAAUAAAUAUUUCCCCUACCAAGAACAAGAAAACAAGUGGUGUCAUUGCAUGAUAGGUUUUGACUUCAGUCUGGCUCUGCGACAAAACAGCGCUCUGCGUGUCCCAAGAAGAGGGCCCUCCUCCUGUGGGGCAAGUUCUGCCUCAGGCGCAGUAUUUUAUUUUGCUGUUAAUUUCUUUCCCACUGGAGGCAGCACGUUGCUAAUCAAAGCAGAAAUACAAGUCUUUAAAGAUGUCCAGGUUUCACUGCCCAGCUCUUUGACUAAGCCCUGGCCUUCUCAGUGUUUCAAAAAGCACAUGGAUGGCUUAAAGUUUCGUGUUUCCCACAAAAUAUGCUGGUUUCACAAGUAUAGGAAAGUUAAGCGUGGCCUCUCCACUGUCUUCACCUUCCUGCAGUGUUUACAGGAACAGGAAAAAGAAGAUGUGAAAAAGUUUGCAUCCAACAGCAUGGGGCAGAGCUCUGCUGGCAGCUCCCCGUGGUGGGAAUACGCGACUCAAAGGGCAGCAAUGGUGUGGCCAUGACCUGCUCUCUGCUGCCAAGGCUUUCAGGAGCUCCUCGCUCACUGUAGCAGCCCUUUUGGCUUUCAUUUGUUUAACUGUGUGCGAUGAAAGGGAAAAAAACAGAAAAUCAAGCUAAAUAAAAUGCAGGAGUUGAGGAAAAAAAUGAAAUAAUAUGUACUGCAAUCUUGGUUUCAUUAUAUUCCUAUGCAUUUUCAAAUGUAUCGAGGCCUUUGGAAGCGGAGAGGGAGGAAGGUUGCUGUUCCUUUAAAAAUUAUGCAACAUACUGUGUGACAUUUUCUGACUGAAAAAAGUUUUGAAUGUUUUAAGGGUCUGGCACUUGGCUGUGUGCUCAGGCAUUGUGUAUAACCCACACUAGUUGUUUUUACAUCUGUGUAUGUAUAUUUUGUCCCAGUGAGAUGUAGGUAGUUUUUAUUUUGAUCAGAAUUGUUGCAGUAAAUGAGGGUCAGUUGUAUUAAUGGCAAAAAAUUAAAACCUAUUUUUAUGACUUUUUAAAAGCUUUAUGGCAGAUUAGGCACUGGAGGUUGUUUUUUUUUUAACAAAUGUAUAUUUAUUAAUGUGCAGAACACUGGAAUUGCAGCACAGAUGAAAGAAUUUACAAUAAAUUAAGAAAUUUUUUUUGAA